CUCCCCCCUUUCUCCUCCUCUCCCUCUCUUUCUUCCUCCCUCCACCCCCCCCCUCCCCUGUCUCUCUCGCUCCCUCUCCCCUUUCUCUCUCCGAGUCUGGCUGUGCGAAUAGUGCAGGCACACACCAUCCCCCACUCGCUUCUCGACAUCAGAUCCCGUUGUUUUUUCUCUCUCCUCGGAGCUGCCUCCUUCUCUCAGAGAAGUUGAACUGCAAUUUCGGGCUGAGGGACUCGACGUUCAGCAAGGCUGACCGCUGGUAUCGGCACUAUUUGAAGAGGUGACAUGCAGUUACUUCUAGUUCAGAUAAUGUGUGUCCUUUCCCUGCCUGGCACCACAGCUGCUGAGACAAUGAAGCUCCUUGCAGAGGUGGAGGACACUCUGUUGAAGAACUUGUUUCAAGGAUACCAGAAAUGGGUGAGACCAGUUAGAAACCGCAAUGAUACAAUAAAAGUAAAGUUUGGACUUGAAAUUUCCCAGCUUGUUGAUGUGGAUGAAAAGAAUCAGCUGAUGGCAACAAAUGUUUGGUUAAAGCAGGAGUGGUAUGACUACAAGCUGAGCUGGAAUCCAGAUGAUUAUGGUGGCAUUAACACAAUCAGGGUUCCUUCUGAGUCCAUAUGGCUGCCGGACAUUGUCUUAUAUGAAAACGCAGAUGGACAUUUUGAAUCCUCCAUCAUGACAAAGGCUAUUGUGAAAUACAACGGGACAGUGAGGUGGACGCCUCCUGCAAGCUACAAGAGCUCUUGCACAAUAGAUGUCACUUUUUUCCCAUUCGACAAACAGAACUGCUCAAUGAAGUUUGGAUCUUGGACCUAUGAUGGUGGAUUGGUCGAGCUGAUUCUAGUGGAUGAAGAUGUGGACCAGAAGGACUUUUUUGACAAUGGAGAGUGGGAAAUAUUAAAUGCCACUGGAAUAAAAGGGACGAGAAGGGAUGGUUAUUAUUCCUACCCAUUUAUCACCUACUCUUUUAUACUGAGGCGUCUGCCUUUGUUCUAUACCUUGUUUCUGAUUGUCCCUUGUCUCGGUUUAUCGCUUCUAACUGUCCUGGUAUUUUACUCACCAUCAGAUGAAGGGGAAAAACUAUCAUUAUCCACUUCAGUUCUAGUUUCCUUGACUGUGUUCCUCCUGCUUAUUGAAGAAAUAAUCCCUUCCUCCUCAAGGGUCAUCCCUUUGAUUGGUGAAUACUUGCUGUUUACUAUGAUCUUUGUCACCCUCUCGAUCAUUGUCACUGUCUUUGUUAUAAACGUACAUCAUCGAUCCUCGACCACUUACCACCCCAUGGCACCAUGGGUCAAAAAACUGUUCCUUCAAACCCUUCCCAGACUUCUAUGUAUGAGGGGCCAUACUGAUCGUUACCACUGUCCAGGAAGUGCUCCCAGCAGUCCAAAGGGAAAGCAAAAAGUCUUUGAAGAUCCUCAACAUGCUUCAAUAAAGAACAAUGAAAAGGCAAUGGUGGCCAUCCUAGAAAAGGCUGCCGAAUCAGUCAGAUACAUCUCAAGCCACAUAAAGAAGGAACAUUCCAUUCGUGAGGUUGUGGAAGACUGGAAAUUUGUAGCUCAAGUUCUGGACCGAAUUUUCUUAUGGCUCUUUUUGCUAGUGGCCAUUCUUGGAUCAAUUCUAAUAUUUGCACCAGCACUUCAAAAAUGGGAAGGCAAUGUCAUAAUGCCCAGUGUGAAUUAAAAUAAUCGAUCUAAGAUAUGGUCCAUUAAUAUUCUGGAGUUGGUUUACUAAUGUAUCUCUUGUUAACUAGAUUCAACUAUGUUGCAAAGGGGAACCAAUAAGUAAUCAUUUGAAGGCAUGAGAAAAUGCAUCUACAUAGAUAAUAAGCAGGGUUUUUUUCACUAGAUUGCCAUGGAAGUACCAACAUCAUAAAUCCUAAGAAUUUUAGUGGCAAAUCAUAUACACACAAAUCAGAUUUCCAUGGAUUUUGAAAACAGAUUGAGGAGUUGGAUAUUGGCCUUAUUACAGACUGAUUACACUUCUCUUUGAACACUUAGUGGAAUCGUGAGUAUAUAAAAAGCAGAGGUUCGUUGUUUCUUGAUUAGUAAGGAUAUCAAAGGUUACAGGGAGGAGGCAGGAAAGUGGAUCUGAGAGGGAUAAUAAAUCAACCACGAUCCAAUGGCAGAGCAAAUUCAAAUAGUCUAAUUCUGCUCCCAUCUCUUAUGGUAUUAAAGAGGAGUAAGUGUAGGCUAUUUUGCUAUUCAUGCCUGCUCUCCCAUACAAUACAAUGUCCUAUCUUAGUAACAUAUUUCAGCUUGUAAAUUUCAAUUUCUUUAGAUACAAGCAUUAUAGAAAAUUUAAAACUUGUUCUUUUUCAUUUAUGAUGACCAUUUUUAAUUGAAAUGACUGGUAAUUACUUCUGAGUGUGUAUUCAAAGCCAUUUUCAGGAAGUUAAAACUUAUGGGUGGUGCUUGGGACACAAAGUAAAAGUCACAUCAUGUUAUCACAAACAAGAAAAAGCCUGCAGAUGCCAAAAAUCUGAGCAACAUCCGCAAAAUGCUGGAGGAACUCAGCAGGCCAGGCAACAUCAAUGGAAAAAAAAGUACAGUUGGCGUUUCGGGCCGAAACCUUUCAUUUUGUGUGUGUUGCUCAUGUUAUCACUAUUAAACACGACAAAGGAUAGUUGUAUCUUUGCACGUUAUGGACUUAUUUUGAAUAACGUGUGUGGGUAUGCAAUGUAUUCACCUCUUCAAAGUUAUAGUCUCAAUUCACUUUAAUAUUUUAUAUUUUGAUUUGUGAAAGAAAAAUUCUGCAGCAGUAAGAAGGGGAAGCAUAUCAGUCACUGUCAAUGUUCACAUCUAGACACAUGGACACAUUUAGUAAAUGAAUCAUUUUUUGGCAGAAGGGGACAGCUUUGAAGGUUUUAUAGAACAAGAAAGAUUUACACUUGUUACUGGACAUUUUGUCACUGUUUGAUCAAUAAGUGACUGAUGAUGGUCACUUUGUUAAAAUGUACCGGCAAAUUAGGUCUUGUUGACAUCAGUGUUGCUGGUUAUUUAGUUACCUUGUUCAAAAAUGCUUUACCUUUAGAGAAUAAAAAUGAGGAACAUUAGAUCCAUUGUCAGUGGUACAUUCGUACUGUCUCCACUUCCAUAUGAUGUGCUGCCUUGUCUCAGUUGAGUUCAUUGGUCUGAAUCACAGCCAAGGUUUCAGAGAAUUGAUAUGCAUACAGUAUAUCCUGACUUUAUUCCUUACAGCUAUAUUAAUCUAUCUUGCAAUCUACAAACCUUGUUAAAUUGUACCUCAGUGUGCUUUA